AUGUAUUCAACUUACGCCAUUCUCUUUACUCUGCUCAAUAUAGCGACUAUUUCGAGUGAGAAAGGAGAACUUCACUACUAUGAUGAUCCUGAUAACAAUAAUGAGGAGAGGUAUCAGCGAGAUAAAAACAUCUCCUACCACAAUUGGGUGCGACAGAUUGAGAAGGAUGUUUUGAGCAAAGUUUCCUACAAGAUAGCUCCUUAUACUGAUCAACAGAUUGACGUACAGUUCAUUUUUCACAGUGUAGAUCAUGUCACAAUCAAUGAAAAGGAACAGGUUAUGUCGAUCUCGGGGAGAUAUUGCAUGAUCUGGCGGGACCCUCACAUUACAUGGGAUCCUUCCAAGUACAAUAAUCUCGACACUCUACAUGUGGGAUCCUACGAUGUAUGGACUCCGCGAAUCAUCGUACUGAAUGGGACCUCGCUGUUUUUCUACAUUUUUAAUGGGACAAUGGUUGGAAAAACAGCGAUCACCUUGAUCACCUUGAUCACCUUGACUCCCGUUGAUCUUCGAACUGGUCGAGCGGGCGCCAGUAAUUCUUCCAUUUGUCCCGAUCGCGUGCCAGAGUAG